AGUCUGCUCCGUCAUCUUUCCUCCUGCUCCACGAUUCCUUUUUCUUUCCUCGUAUCUGCUGCUCGCAAUAAGCUUCUCGUUCGCCAUCAUCCGCGCUGUGUAGAAUUCUCGCUAUCACCAGUAUUCUGUUGAUAUAGGUGGCCGAACUGCCCCUCUUCGCCCGGAAACUCCCUGAUCGAUAAGCGUUUAACGUCGAUCGUCGAUCGUUGGGAACGUCGCUCAAUUUCCUUUGCCUCGCUGGUAUCGAUUUCUCGGAUAGAUUUUGUCCUCGAUUCGUGUAGGCUUCUCAAGGCCUUUUGGAGUGCGCCCGAUCGAUUGAUCCGCCAGACGACGACUACCCCAAAACAGCCCACCUCGUCAUUUUGUCGUCUUCUUUGGUCUCCUGUUCCUGGAUCCGUGUUCCAGGGCUUGAUUCCAUCGCCACGAUUCUCCAACGUUUGUUACUUCGUCAACGCAAGAGGGCACAGGUGCCCUCUACAUAUAAAGUCCCGGUUCGAAGCCGCUAGUUGGACCAAAUCUGGAGCCCGGGUUUAGUCUCUGACUCGACCGUACGUCGUAUCGCGUAUCAGCCGGACCAUCCAUCUGAACCAUUCCAUCAUGGUGUCUGGUCAAUUCGAGUCCGCUCGGGUGCAUCCGCGUAGGCGGCCCGUCAUAAACACCUCGCUGACCCCCGAGGCGGAGUCAAGUUCUUCUAAAAUGCAACUGAAGAAGGGCGAGACGUUCAAUACCCCAACCAACCCGCCGUCGAGUGAUCGUGAUCCAGUGUUGAACAUUCGAUCUCUUCCUCGUCGCUCGCCCACUUCUCUUGACGCAAUUGCCGCUAGUGAGCAGCGUAUGGCGUCCAUUCUUGAGCGCCUGACCCUUGAUGAUCAGCCUGAGGACAACUCGUCCUCUGUUGAUACCCUUGAAGGUCUUCGUAGUGUGCACGACGUCAAUGCCGAGUCCAAGUCUGCCAUAUCAACUCCCUCGACGCCGUCGAGUGAGGAUGGAUAUGACCUGUUUCCUUUGGACAAGAAGGAGCAGCAGCAACAAAACCAACAACAUCAGCGCGACCAGGACCGCGGCCACGAGUCCGAUAGUGGCCUUGGAUCCUCAGUCAGCAGCCGUGACUCGCAGGCUGACCCAAUUGAGAAAGAUCUUCACAUGGAACAAUCCCCCAUCACCAAGUCUGCCUCUGAUAUCCUUCAAGGCACCAGCCCUCGCCGGCAAUUGUCGUACGCUGCUUGCAAGAAGAUUGAGCGCUUUAUUCUGGUCCCCAUUCUCAAGGAACCGAAGCUCAAGCCGUUCCACCCUCUCGUCAGGAGUAUCCCGACUCGCAUUGUGAACAAGCAAGUUGUUUGCCUUCGAGAUCUCGAAAAAAUCCUCCUGUGGCUCGCUCCUAAUUUCUCGGCGUCUCGGUCUUCGUAUCUCGGCUUUUGCGAGUUUACCAUCCAGUGUCUUCACACUUCGGCUUCUCAUCUCAACGCCCGGGAUCAACGGCUUCCCGCUGAUCGCCCGUACACUAACGGUUACUUCCUCGACCUUGUCACCCAGGUUCGACGCUACGCCGCAAUGAUUCAGGCUAAUCGCCAACGGGUCCAAGCGACCCAGGACGCUCAGGCUCAGUCCACCAAGAAGGACGAGCAACCCUCCCUUAUUCCCUCCGCCGCCCUCGAGGGUGGUCUCUCCCAGAAUGGCCGCCCUGUUGAGUUGGUUGUCGUGCAAGAUGGCAAGCUCAUUUCCAUGGCCACUGGCCUGCCCUAUCAGGGAACUAUCCCUGCCACCGUCAAGCGCGCCAUCGACCUCAGUGAUGAGCAGCAACAUGACGAAGGCGUUCAGCGCUCCAUGGCUCGUCGCAAGAAGAAUGCACCUCCCAUGGACAUCAACCAGAAGUGUGCUCACUGCGACAAGGUGUUCAAGCGUCCAUGUGACCUGACCAAGCAUGAAAAGACCCACUCGCGCCCCUGGAAGUGCACCGAAACCGACUGCAAGUACUACCAAAUCGGUUGGCCGACUGAGAAAGAGCGUGAUCGCCACGUGAACGACAAGCACUCCGACACUCCCAACAUCUUCAGCUGCAACUUCCCACCCUGCACUUACAACUCCAAGCGUGAGAGCAACUGCAAGCAGCACAUGGAGAAAGCUCAUGGCUGGGUUUACGUUCGCUCCAAGCACAGCUCUCGUGCCAUGGGUGCCAGAAGCAACCGCGGCACAUCUAUGCGGGCCAACUCUGCCCAGGCCACUCCUGCCACUCCGAGUGUGUCUACCCCUGCCUCCGGCCCGACCGACUUCAGUACCCCUAGUGUGGGCCCGACUCCCUCUCCUUACGAGGCUGCCAUUGAGUUCCCCGAGAACUUGGAAUUCAACUUCGCCGACCCUCCUCCCGUGGCCCUGGGCAAUGGCUUCCCAAGCUUCAUCGAGACCUUCAAUACCGUCGAGGCCGCCGACACCGCCAAAAUCGAGACCGGUAUUGAUAACUACAUGGGCUAUGUACAGUCCCCAUAUCACACCUCCACCUCAGGGAGUGUCACCAAUGACGGUAGUCUCGAGAACUACGGUGGGUUCAAUCCCUCACCGCAGUCGGUCUCGUAUUCGGCGGGCAUGAGCAAUGACCAGGUCUUGAGUCACGACCCGGUUUUCACCUCCGUUGACUUCGACGGACUCGCAAGUCUCCAGGCUCAAUUCGCGGCUGCCGACCCCCAGAGCCUCAUCACUCACCUGGACGGGUUCAAUUCGUACCAGGUCCAGCAGCCCAUUGCUUCCGACCUGGAGGGGUUGGAGACUGGUUUCAAGGGAUAUUCCGAGGACCAGUACAUGCUCGACGUUCAGCAAGUCGAGAACCAGUUCGUUGGGGCCCCCGCCCCGGUGUCCGGCCUGUCCCCCGGUGCCCAGGGCAACAUCAUGUUGUUCUCCCCCGACCUCGGCAUGUCGGGAGGCAACAUCUCCCAGGACUUCCCUUUCGGCGUCGCCAUGGCGCAGCAACAUGGCACCGACUUCACCUUGUACGGUGAUGCCACUCCCGGCCCUCAGCUGCAGGGCACUCCGCAGCCCUACGGGCAGGGCCAGUACUUGCCCACGAACUAGGUGACCGUGGACGAGACGAUUGCGGAGAUGAUGGCCGAAAUUGACAUGGCCAUUCUGUCGGAGCAGUUGGGCAUGCAAUGCUCGCCUGACUCGGCGCUUGGCCUGUCAAUGGUGUAAAUUGGCGUACCUGGCGCUGGUCUGGUCUGGUCUGGUCUGUUUCUUUUUCUUUUGUUUUUACAUGCAAAAUUGCAUGUAAUCUAAUGAUGAAACGUUUCUUUUUUUAUCUUAGUUGAUCUACACUAAGAUUUAAUAUCGCAAAUCUGAUCUGAUAUUUGUUUCAAUCUGACUUCGUUUGAUAGCCGAGUAUCUCUGAUCUUCCGUCUUGAUAUCUAUCACCGUAACGAUUCGAUCGAAUUAGAUCACAGACAUAACGAUGCCUGGUCAGCCCUCUACGAUGGUAGUGUUAUGAGGUUGUUAGUCCUGUUUCCUCUGCGUACUCACGGGAAAUUUCGUCUUUACGCCAGCCAUCACGAGCAACUUUUUGUCUAGUCUCUCCAUGGCUCAGUAGCUUCGGGUCGACUUUAACUUCGCCCUUCGCAAUCUCUUCUCCACCAGUUCCGGUGCUUCCAAUACUUCAACUCCAACCGAUCUCCUCUCCAGCAGGAAUAGUCAACGAUGCCAGCACCGACAAUGUUGCGGUGCGUCAGCGCGACUCGUCGCCUUUUUACUGGAUGAAUCUAUACCAUAUCAAGACAGCAGUAUCAAUAGGAUCCUGUUAGCGACCUGACAGAUUCGAAUUUCGGCACGAUACACAAAUUUGAUUAGGAUAGUCUUGGCCCUGCUCCUACAUGAUCUUUGACAAUCAAAAAGACAUCCCAGGCCUUUUGAUUAUGCAUAAAAAUAGGAAAAUUUAACGACUUUUUAGCUCAGAUUAUUCCACGGGCCAUUUGGGUAGAG